UUGAUAGAGAAUUGCAGCAAAAAAUAGCAAAUUUUGGGCUUAUAAGACUGCUACCAGAAGAUACGACUCAUCUUAGCACAAAAUUCUCAGGGACUUUGUAUGUUUAAAAGUACAUAUAACUUAACUACUAAUUCAAUUUGAUUAAAGUAAAUUUUCAAUAACCAAUGUUAAAUCUUUGCAGGAAUAGUGGUUAUGUAGCACCUGAACAUUUUUGCCAUUAUUUGUAGGACUAUAGCUGUUCACUUCACCAACCCAUUCCAUGUCAGCACACGUGUAGCAGAUAAAUGCAGUGAUGGCACCUUGCUUUUGCAGGUGAUACUCCACUCACAAGUGAAGGCUAACUUAACCAUACACGAUUCUUGGCUGGACCUAAAAGACGGUUUUACCCUUGCUGGUGAAAGUCAAAGUAAUGGAAGACCAACAUCCGCCUUCUUUCCACUUGUAGUUCCUUCUACAUCAAGAGCCGGAAUCUUGUUCACUAUAUCCCUACCCACAAAUGAUGAAGCGAAAGAUAUGAAUCCUGAUAGUGAUACGAUAUUAAAUAUAAAAUAUAAAAUAUCUGGGGAUAGAAAUCAUGGAUCGCAUACUCCUAUGUUUGAGGAUGAGUCUUCACAGAUGUUGACUUUUAAGAGUGCUCUUGUUUUACAAAGACCAGUGUUGGAACCUUGUUUGGCAGUUGGUUUUCUUCCCCUUCCUCCAGAAGGCCUUAGAGUCGGCCAGCUUUUUACUAUGAAGUGGCGAGUUGAAAGGUUGAAGUAUCUCGAGGACGAACAAUACGAUGAGGUAGUAUAUGAAAUAAACGCAAAUUUUGAAAACUGGAUGAUUGCUGGGAGGAAGCGAGGCCAUGCACCUCUCUCCACAAAGCAAGGUUCACGAAUAGAGAUUUCAAUCCUAUGCGUGCCAUUGGUUGCUGGGUACAUACGGCCCCCACAACUGGAGUUACCGGACAUUGGUGAGGGUAAUAUUAGUUGCAACCCAGCUGGGCCCCACUUGGUCUGUGUUUCCCCUCCACCUCUCAGCUCCUCCUUCUGUAUUCCCAUUCCCAUUCCUGCCUAGAGAUGAAAUCGUGACUUUUGUA